UCUGGUGUCAGUUUGUUUUUAUCUUUCAUACUGAAAUCAGUGCCUUCUCUUGCUAGGAGUCUGUGUCAUAAAAUUGUUAACCUGAAAUUUUGACGCCACUGAAAUCAGUGGGAGGCUUGUUCAUCAACAGCAACGUUUAUCCAAUAAACAAAAAGGGAUGGAGCCCUAAAGAAGGGGCCAGACCUCUAAGGGUAAGGGACGUAGCACACCUUAUGUCUAAAAAACUCAACAGCCACCUAAAACCAAAUGUUCUUGUCUGUUCUGCCUGUGGGGAGCUGUCCCUGGUUUAUGAACUAUGCCUGGUCAUCAUCCUGAAGACUGGUGGUGGUUACAGGUCAAAACUGCACCAAGAAGCACAACAGCAAUUAAACAAUGCAGAUAAUCACAUGGCUGUGAUGGAACACAUGCUUUAGUCAUGCUUACUCUAUUAAUGCAGGUACAUGAAGAGGAUGACCAUCUUGCUUCUAUCUGGAUGGACAGAAAUAAAGAACCCACGGCAGAAAUUGAUCAAAAGGGAAAAACAUAGUAGAAAACACAUAAUAAAGGAGAGACAAAUGAAAGUUGUCCCACAGUAAAUAGAAAUGGGGAAAAAUAUCCUGCCAGUAUGAAAAAGUGGUCUUCGUUGUAAAAAGAAUAGUUUUUUUGAGGGGAAAAGAUAUGGCUAAGUUCCAGGAGCUCAGGGCUCCCGCCUCUUAUACAAUAUACAAAUACUGCUGAUGAAUGAAAAUAAGAUGUUAAAGCACUGGCAAAGCUGUCUACCUUGAUGCUGUGUUGGGUGCUGAUCCACUUGACCUUUGUUUUUUAAGCUUCCUUCUGUUUUAGUGGGCUGAUUGCAGAAACUCUGUUAUCUGCUGCUGCCAUGCAGUAGUUUUAACUCCCUGACACUGACUGAAGUCCUAAAUGUUUUCAUUUAUAGUCAGGAACUGGAAUUUAAGACCAGUUGGAAUGAAAUGGAAUUGUUCAUGGGGGGUUUUCAGCUUCCUCUGGAGGUCUCCAGUCCAGCUUCCUGUUCAAAGGAGGAUCAGGUCAGCCAUGGCCAAGCCUCCAAAAUAUGCCAAUAUGUAGACUGUCUUUCCAGACAACUCAUUCCAGUACUGAAUAGCUCCUAGUGAAGUCUUAUUCCUACUGUCCGUUAUGAACCUCCCGAGGUGCAAUCAGUUGCCAUUGCUCCUUGUUACAGUCUUACACUACUGAGAGUUCAGAUCCAUCACCUUUGUAACUGUUCUUCGGGUAGUUGCAGGAUGCUGCAAGAUUGCACCUGAAUUUCCUCUUCAUCAUAUUAAACAAGCUCAACUCCCUCAGCUUCUCUCUGUAGGUGAUGUGCUUUUUGUCCAUGUUCAUGUUAGUAGUCCUCUGCUGGGUUCUGGAGCCGAAGAGGCCCCACGCACCACAUUCUGGUCACAAUAUCCAGCCUCAUCACCACUGAGCAGAGUCUGCUGGCCAUACUCUUUAUAGAGAGCACACACUGUUGCCUCAUUCAGCCUGGCAUUCCCCAUGUCCUUUGAAGUAGGUUUGCUAUUCAGCCCAUUGCUUCCUAAGCUGUGCUGACACAGCCUAUGGUCCCUUCUGCAGAACACUGCACACGUUAACUUUGGAGGUUUCUGUUGGCCCCCUCCACAAGUUUCUCUAAGUUCCUCUAGGUCAUUGGGAUCACAGAUAGACUAAAACUCUGGAACUUGAAGACUGAUUUGUACAGGGAGACUGCCAGUUUAAUUGACUGAUGAGAAGCACAAGGAUCAUUGAGCCGCAAUAUCCUUUACCGCAUAAAAAAACAAUUCCAACUAGUUAUUGGUAACCUUAUUGCUAAUGUUAUAGUUAUGUGCAAAAAAUAUCUAACCUAUUACAAUAUCCACAAUAACUUAUAACAAUAUCCCUACUUAUAACAGAAUCCACAUUCACACAGAUACAGACCAAGUUAACUCACUCAAGCACUAGUUGACCCAUUACUGCAGUACUGCUACCUUACUAGCCACCAGGAGCUCAACAAGGCAAUACCAAGGAAGCCUUGCUUCCCUGUGCCACCCAGUUGGUGACUGGAGGAGGGUAACCACCCUGAAGAUAGUGGGCAGCUGUCACUGCUCCAUGGGUGCUGCCACCAACCUAGACCAGCAUUCACGUUAGGCUUCUCUGUUUCAGGAAUGCAUCAAAGACAGACUCAUCCUCUUCUCUCUAACCUGCAAUUAAAGUCCCCAAAUAGGAUCUCUUCUGAGGUUUCAGAACAAUUUUCCUAAGCUUGAUUUGCCACAGUUUAUGCUUAUAAUGGUGCUCUUUGGGAUAGGUAUCACAUGGGCCACCCAAUCAGAUAUUUCGUCAUUCAUCUUGCCGUGAUAUCUAGUCAUCAUAAAUCUCUUGCAAACCAUACCUUUCUACUGUUAGUUUUGACUAGGUACCAAUUAAUUUUUUUUAUUUUGUUAUAUCAAUCACCUUACAGCACAACAGUCACUUAAUUUCUGUACCAGUCAUAUUAAAGGUUGUCUGUGAUAGACCCCAGGUGUCAAGAGAAGGCUCUGAACGCUCCUACACAAGUGCUUUCUGCAAAUUUGCUUAGUGCCAUCAUUGUCAUCAUCUAGGUCACGUCUGAACAAUAUCAGGCCUACCCAACGUGAUUGCCUAGAGUACUUUGCUUGCCAUCUCAGUGUUGAAUGAAUUACUGCAAAUUCUUAAUCUCAGUGGUCCAAUAAAUUUUUAACCCACUUAACUUCCAGCCCAUACUUCCUCAGCUUCUAUAUAUGUAUGCUGUAGGGGACCAUAUCAAAAGUCAUACUAAAGUCACGGUGUAUUUCAUCCACUACUUUUCCUUUUUCUACAUAGUCAAUCAUCUCAUCCUACAGGGCAAUUAAAAGUUGAUUAGAUCCUUGUUAAUUAGUGUUUACUUCUCAUGAUUACUUUUUUGUUGUCCUUCAAGUAUUUGGAAGUGGAUUCCAAAUGCAUCUUCUCCAUGAUAUCUCUUGGGACUGAGGUGAGAUUUACUGGCUUUUGAUUUCUUUUAGCCUCCUUUUAGUCUUUCAUAAAGAUGUGCCUUUUUAUGUAUUUAUUUAUUUUUUCACCAUCCAUAAAGCUCUUCUUAUCAAUGUGCUUUUUCACAGAUAGCAGAUUUCUGAGGUGGCCUUGCAGUCAUGUUGGUCUGCAUUUUGAACACUCCGGUGAAUCCUAUCUGGGUUUAUGGGCCUGAACAGACAGAACUUCCUAACUGUGGUUCCUAAUUGCUAUUUAGUUUUCAUCCUUGGCUGCUCCUCACUUAUCAAAAUGUGUCAGAGAUUGGAAACAGGCUUUGCCUUUGAAGACUAAUGCAUUGAGUGCUUCAGCAGUUUCCAUAUCGAUGGUCAUUAGGUUUCUUUCUCCACUCAUCAACAUCCAUCUCACAAUUUUACAGAAUUUCCUUUUGCUGCUAGCAUAUUGGUAAUCACUGAGCUCCUGUACAGGUUCAGUGAAAAGUUGCAACACAACCACUGCAUCCUUUGCCUCUGGCUGCGCCUUGGGAGACUGGAGUUUUUCCUGCCUAUUGUCAGGAAUACUUUCCAUAAGUCUUGAGCAGCGUGGGGACUUAUCAUAGGCCCUAUGAGAUAAGGUGGAAGAUCAAUACCAGUCAAUAUUCGUGGACAAUCAAGUGCCUGUCAGAAAAGCAGAAAAAUGAGGUUUCCUUCUGUGCUCUGUAUUCUUCAGAAACAUGAGGUUUAUUAGCACUGAUGUCAUGUGCUCUGUGUUGUGGUGCCUGAAUACUGGCCAUUAUGUGAGAUACGAUGAGGAAAAGGAGGGGUGGGGAGAUGCUGCUGCUUAAGGAUGGAAGUAGUGGAAGGACAAACCACAGCCCCUGCUCUCCUAAGGGUGUUGAACUGUUACUGAGAAACUACUCCCUAGGUGGCAAAGUAGUGUUUGCAGUGUACAGAUCAGGCAGCGCUGAAGGCAGUAGGAGUCACAGCCUUGGUCCUGCCCCAUCAGUGCUUUUUCCCUGCUGAAUGAAGGAGGGAGCUGUGUGUGGCCAUGGUUCUGGACCUAAGCGUUACUCACGGCUUUGGGGACCUGAUGCCACACACACACACUCCCGCCAACUGAAAGCUGCCUCACCUAGGGCCAGCGAGCCCCAGAACCAGGCACAGGGGAGCCCUAUCCCCGCGGGGAUCCUCCUCCCGUCCCCGGGGCACCCUACUAAGGGCCGGGCCCUUACUACCGCUAGUAAAGCCACCUCCUCUCGCAGCCACGGCUGCUUUUAGGGCGGCUUCUCCGCCGGCUCCCCCCUUCCUCCUCCUCUUUCCUCUUCCUCCGCGGCGUAGAGCUGAGGGCGAGCCCCUCCCGCUCUCGAUCCCACCCCUUCCCCGUGAGGGGAGCGGUGGCUGUGGCGGUUCCAACGGCCCUUUGUGCGCCGCGGCGGGCAUGCUGUCCCGGGUCACCGUCCUCCAUGGUUGCCUGGGCUGCAGGACGUUCGAGCUGCCGCCGUCCGCCGCCGUGGGGGACGUGAAGGCGCGGAUCGACGCGGAGACCGGCUUCCCCGCCGACCGGCAGCGCCUGUGGCACCGCGGCAGAGAGUUAUCUGAUGGUAUUAAGAUUGCGGAUCUUCAGAAGUCUCAAAAUCAAGUUUUUCUGCAGCUUCAGUCAGAAGGUUUGAAAGGAGGAGGUCGUUUUGGACAAACAACUCCACCACUUGUUGAUUUUCUUAAGGAUAUUUUAAGAAGAUACCCAGAAGGAGGACAGAUUCUUAAGGAAUUGAUACAGAAUGCUGAAGAUGCUGGUGCCACAGAGGUUAGGUUUUUAUAUGAUGAAACUCAGUAUGGAACAGAAACUCUGUGGUCAAAGGACAUGGCACAAUAUCAGGGGCCAGCAUUUUAUGCAUACAAUGAUGCAGUUUUCACCCCUGAGGACUGGCAUGGUAUACAGGAGAUAGCAAGAAGCAGAAAGAAAGAUGAUCCCUUGAAGGUUGGAAGAUUUGGAAUUGGCUUUAAUUCGGUUUAUCACAUAACAGAUCUCCCUAGUAUUUUCAGUGGGGAACAAAUUGGAAUGCUGGAUCCCCAUCAAACCCUCUUUGGACCGCAUGAAUCAGGCCAGUGCUGGAAUCUAAAAGAAGAUAGCAAGGAAAUCAAUGAACUUACAGACCAGUUUGCACCAUUCAUUGGUGUAUUUGGCAGCACUAAGGAAACAUUUAAGAAUGGAAACUUUCCUGGUACAUUUUUUCGCUUCCCACUUCGUCUGCAGCCUUCUCAACUGAGCAGCAAUGUUUAUGACAAACAGAAGGUUUUGGAGUUGUUUGAGUCCUUCAGGGCAGAUGCUGACACAGUGUUGCUCUUCUUAAAGAGUGUUCAGGAUGUUUCAUUGCAUGUUAGGGAGGCUGAUGGAACAGAGAAGCUGAUUUUCAGAGUAACUGCUAGUGAGAACAAAGCCUUGAAACAUGAAAGACCCAAUUCUAUCAAAAUCUUAGGAACUGCAAUAAAUCAGUACUGUAAGGGAGUUCCAAGCAAUAGCAUAACAUGUGUGACAUACCAUGUAAAUAUAGUGCUGGAAGAUGAGAGUGUUAAGGACGCACAGAAAACGUCUUGGUUAGUAUGUAAUUGUGUAGGUGGUCGAGGAAUGUGUACGGAACUGGAUUGUUUAGCUGAUGACUUGAAAUUUGUUCCUACUAUUGGAAUAGCCAUGUCUUUAUCAAAUAAAGAGGAGGAAAACGGAGCUGUGGCAGACUUUUCAGGAAGAGCAUUUUGUUUUCUGCCUUUGCCUCCAGGUGAGGAAAGCAAAACUGGUCUCCCAGUUCAUGUUAGUGGUUUCUUUGGUCUCACAGACAAUAGAAGGAGUAUCAAAUGGCGAGAGCUGGAUCAGUGGAGAGAUCCAGCAGCUUUGUGGAAUGAUGUUCUUGUGGUGAAUAUAGUGCCAAAGGCGUAUACCACCCUUAUUUUGGAAGCUAUCAAACGAAUGGAGACUGAGAAGAAUUCAGAUUUUCCACUGUCAGCUGAAAGAAUUUAUAGUUUAUGGCCUGAUGAGAACAAAAUCAGGGUGCCCUGGAAACCAAUUGUAGUACCUCUCUUUAAAGAGCUGCUCCAGCAUACAGUUAUUUACUCAGUGAGUAAUCAGUGGAUAAAGGUGGAACAGGUGCACUUUUCUGAAAUGGAUGAGAGUUUGGAGUACACACAGUCUGUUCUCAACUACCUCCAGGAUUCAGGGAAGCAGAUUGCCAAGGUGCCAGCAAAUAUUGCUAGUGCCGUGCAUCUUACUACUACUUCUGUUAAAGCUGUGAAAAAAGUGACUCCUGCUGUUGUACGGCAAGUGCUAAGGAAAUCUGGACACAGUGGACCUGCUGAAGAAAAGCUUCACCUCUUAGAAUUUGUGCUUUCUGAUGGAGUCUACAGUGAACUGAUUGGAUUGGAGCUUUUGCCACUGCAGAAUGGAAGUUUUAUUCCUUUUUCCUCAUCUGUGUCAGAACAGGAUGUCAUUUACAUAACCUCAGAAGAUUUUCCCAGAUCACUCUUUCCUGGCCUUGAAGGAAGGUUGCUUUCUGAUGACCUGAAGCCUGAGGUUCUAGCUGCUUUGAAAGAAGCUGCCAAAAGCAGAGGAAGACCGUGCACUCAGCUGCAGCUUCUGAACCCAGAAAGAUUUGCUCGGCUAAUUAAAGAAGUUAUGAAUAGUGUGUGGCCUGGCAGAGACAUGGUGGUACAGUGGUAUCCAGGUUUGGAAGACAAAAAUCAGCCAUCGAUUUCCUGGCUUAAGAUGGUCUGGAAGAACCUCUAUAUGCAUUUUUCUGAUGACUUGAGUGUUUUUGAUGACAUGCCACUUAUCCCUAAGACUCUUCUGGAGGAAAACCAAACAUCAGUGGAACUGGUUAGAUUUAGGAAUCCGUCACCUAUUAUUCUGGAAGAUGAAUCUGAGACUCAGCUCCCGGAAUACUUAGCUGAUAUUAUUCAGAAAGUUGGUGGAGUGGUACUUAAGAAACUAGAUGUUUCUAUCCAACACCCGCUUAUAAAGAAAUAUGUGCAUCCACCAUUACCAAGUGCUGUUUUACAAAUAAUGGAAAAAAUGACCCUACAGAAACUAUGCAAUCAGGUUGCAUCAUUGCCAUCAACACAUAAAGAUGCACUUAGGGCAUUCUUAGCUAGUUUAACUGAUGCAAAUGAAAAAGAGAGAAGAAUUAUUCAGGAAUUGUUGAUAUUUAAAAAGAUGGAAAAAUUAUCUGAUGAAGGUGUCCCUGCUUUUGCUGGACUGAAAGGUAGUAAGGUAUUACACCACACUGCUAAAAUUCCACCUGGUCUAAGAUUUUCUGUUCCAAUAAUUGACAGCAGUGAUGAAGCUACUAUUCGUUUAGCUAACCUGCUAAAAAUAGAACAGCUAAAGAGCACAGAUUGCUUGAAGUUUAUUAUAGAAGACAUAAGAAGUGAUUUUUAUUCAUAUGACGAAACAACAAAGAUAAUGCAAUGGGUUCUUGAAAAUCUGACUUUUCUGAAAAAUGAGAAUACGAAUGUGAUAGAUUGGCUGACAACACUGAAGUUUAUUAGGAUUUCACAAGAAAAGAUAAUGACAGCAAACGAACUCUUUGAUCCUGAGGUGGAACUGCUGCAAAACUUGUUUUAUGCUGAGGAGGAAAUUUGCUUCCCCCCAGCUAUUUUUACAUCUUCAGAUAUUCUUCAUUCUCUGAGACAAAUAGGCUUAAAAAGUGAAGCCAAUCUUGAGGAAAGUGAUAUUGUGAGAGUGGCAAAUAAAAUUGAAAAUUUGCAUGCUAACUCUAACACCGAUCAUGAUUUACUGUUAAGAAAAGCUAGAACUCUCUUGAUGAUUUUAAACAAAAACCAUAUGCUGCUUCAGUCAUCUGAAACAAAAGCUGUGCUGAAAAAAAUAAAAUGGAUUCCUGCAAGUAAGGAAAGACCUCCAAAUUAUCCAGGAUCCUUAGUUUGGAAAGGAGAUCAUUGUAAUCUGUGUUUACCGCCAGAAAUGUGUGAUAUCUCUCAUGCAAUUUUAGUAGGUUCCUCAGUUCCUCUUGUGGAAAAUGUGCAGUUAGAUAUAGAAAAAGCACUCGGCAUCUCCACAAAGCCCAGCAUAAAAGCAGUUUUAAAACAUUUCAAGGUAGUUGUUGAUUGGCACAGUUCUAAAACCUUCAGUGAUGAGGACUAUUAUCAGUUUCAGCAUAUCCUGCUUGAAAUUUAUGGGUUUAUGCAUGAUCAUUUAGAAGAAGGGAAAGAAGCUUUUAAAGCCUUGAAAUUUCCCUGGGUUUGGACAGGAAAAACGUUUUGUUCUCUCACACAAGCAGUAAUAAAGUCAGUACCUGAUCUUGAUCUCCAGCCUUAUCUGCAUUAUGUGCCAAAAACUAUGGCAAAGUUUCACCAGUUGUUUAAAUGUUGUGGUUCAAUUGAGCAGUUAACACCAGACCAUGUUUCUAUGGUCAUUCAGAAAAUAUAUCUGAAAAGCGAGCAGACUCUCUCAGAACAAGAGAGUAAACAAAAUCUUCACAUUAUGUUGAGCAUUAUAAGAUGGCUGUACAGCAAUCAGAUUCCUGCAAGUCUGCAUACACCCAUGCCACUGUACAGUGGCAAACUUCCUUAUAAACUUGCAAUGAGGCCAAUUCAUGAAUGCUGUUAUUGUGAUAUCAAAGUUGAUGAUUUAAAUGAUUUGCUUGAAGAUUCUGUUGAACCAAUAAUUUUGGUGCACGAAGACAUACCAAUGAAAACUGCUGAGUGGUUAAAUGUUCCAUGCCUUAGCACAAGAUUGAUUAAUCCAGAAAACAUGGGAUUUGAGCAAUCUGGGCAAAGAGAGCCUCUGACUGUAAGAAUUAAAAACAUUUUGGAAGAGUACCCUUCCAUUUCAGACAUCUUUAAAGAACUUCUUCAAAAUGCUGAUGAUGCUAACGCAACAGAAUGUAAUUUCCUGAUUGACAUGAGGAGAAAUAUGGAUAUAAGAGAGAAUCUUCUGGAUCCAGGAAUGGCAGCAUGUCAUGGUCCAGCUUUGUGGUCAUUCAAUAAUUCUGAAUUUUCUGACUCUGAUUUUCUAAAUAUAACUCGAUUAGGAGAGUCUUUAAAAAGGAGUGAAGUUGACAAAGUAGGAAAAUUUGGACUGGGUUUCAAUUCUGUUUAUCAUAUUACUGAUGUUCCUAUUAUUUUGAGCCGGGAGUUCAUGAUUAUGUUUGAUCCAAAUGUUAACCAUAUCAGUAAGCAUAUUAGAGAUAAAUCUAAUCCUGGGAUCAAAAUUAACUGGAGUAAACAACAGAAGAGGCUGCGAAAAUUUCCCAAUCAGUUUAAGCCAUUUAUAGGAGUUUUUGGUUGCCAGCUACCACUGACUGUAGAAUCUCCAUAUAGCUACAAAGGAACACUUUUCAGGCUCUCCUUCAGAACUCAGCAGGAAGCUAAAGUGAGUGAAGUCAGCAGCACAUGUUACAAUACAGCAGACAUUUAUUCUCUUGUGGAUGAAUUUAGCAUUUGUGGUCAUAGGCUGAUAAUAUUUGCUCAGAGUGUAAAUUCAAUGGUUUUGAAAUACUUGAAAAUUGAGGAAGAUGAUCCUGGGGUGGCACAAGAUGUUAUCACUAUUAAAAAAAAAAUUUGUUCUUCCAAAGCCUUGACUGCACCAAAUGUAAGUGUUUUAAAGGAAGCAGCUAAACUAAUGAAGGUUUGCAGCAGCAGUAAUAAAAAGCUUCCCACUGAAACACCAAAGUCCUCGUGUAUCUUACAGAUAGUAGUAGAAGAAUUUCACCAUGUAUUCAGGCGGAUUGCUGAUUUACAGUCUCCACUCUUCCGAGGUGCAGAAGAUGAUCCAGCUUCUUUCUUUGAAAUGGCUAAGUCAGGACAGGUGAAAAGGUCAGCUGAUGAACUGCCACAGAAGACAGUAGAUUCAACAACGUGGCUUAUAUGUUCUUGCAUGGACACUGGCGAUGCUUUAAAAUUUUCAUUACAUGAAAGUGGACGAAGACUAGGUCUUGUUCCCUGUGGUGGAGUGGGAGUGUUGCUGUCUGAAACUCAGGAUCAAAAGUGGAUUGUGAAACCUAAUUGCAAUAACGUAGGUGAAGUAUUCUGCUAUUUACCUCUACGAAUAAAAACAGGCUUACCUCUUCAUAUAAAUGGCUGCUUUGCGGUUACUUCAAACCGGAAAGAGAUUUGGAAAACAGACACAAAAGGGAGAUGGAACACAGUAUUCAUGAGGCAUGUUAUUGUUAAAGCCUACAUAGAAGCUCUGUGCGUUCUACGUGACAUGGCAAUCAGCGGUGAGCUAGUUGACUAUAAUUAUUGUGCUGUGUGGCCAGAUCCUGAUUCAGUUCAUGAUGAUUUCUCUGUUAUUUGUCAAGGGUUCUAUGAAGACAUAGCUCAUAUGAAAAGCAAAGAAGGGAUCAAAGUGUUUUCUGAUGGUUUCUCUUGGGUUUCCAUGAAGAAUGUAAGGUUUCUAGAUGACUCGAUACUGAAACGACCAGAUGUCGGACCGUCAGCCUUUAAGAUCUUUCUAAAGUACCUUAAAAAAACUGGUUCCAAAAAUCUGUGUGCUGUAGAUCUCCCUUCUUGGGUUAAGAUGGGAUUUGAAGAAGCAGGAUGCAAAUACAUAUUACUGGAGAACACUUUCUCUGAGAAACAGUUCUUUUCUGAGGUGUUUUUCCCUAAUAUUCAGGAGAUUGAUGCAGAGUUGCGUGAUCCUUUGAUGCGUUAUGUUCUCAAUGAAAAACUUGAGGAGUUUUCAGGAAUUCUUCGUGUUACUCCGUGUAUUCCUUGUUCUUUGGAUGGACAUCCGUUAGUUACACCAUCAAGACUGAUCCAUCCUGAAGGAAGAGUUGCAAAGUUAUACAAUGCUGAAGAUGGAAGAUUUCCUUAUGGCACCACCCAGGAUUAUCUUAAUCCAGUCAUUUUGGUUAAACUUGUGCAGUUGGGAAUGGCUAAAGAUGAUAUCUUAUGGGAAGAUCUGAUAGAACGUGCAGAGUCGGUGGCUGAAGUUAACAAGAUAGAUCAUGCAGCAGCUUGUCUCAGAAGCAGUAUUAUAUUGAGUCUUAUUGAUGAAAAACUGAAGUGUAGGGACCCUAGAGCUAAAGAAUUUGCUGAAAAAUGUCAAACCAUCCCUUUUCUUCCUUUCCUUAGCAAGCCAGCAGGCUUCUCCCUACACUGGAAAGGCAGUGAUUUUGAGCCUGAAACAAUGUUUUCAGCGACUGAUCUUUUCACUGCUGAUCAUCAAGAUAUAGUUUGCCUAAUACAACCAAUUCUUAAUGAAAAUUCCCAUUCCUUUAAAGGUUGUGGUGCUUUGUCAUUGGCUGUAAAAGAAUUUUUGGGUCUACUGAAGAAACCAGCUGUUAACUUGGUGAUAAAUCAAUUGGAAGAAGUUGCAAAAUCAUUUGAUGGCAUUACAUUGUAUCAGGAGAAUAUCACUAAUGCUUGUUACAAACAUCUACAUGAAGCAAUGUUACAAAACGAAUCAUCAAAAGCUAUGAUAAUUGAACAGCUGACAAGCUACAGUUUUAUUCUUGUUGAGAAUGUCUAUGUUGAUCCAACAAAAGUGUCUUUUCACUUGAAUUUUGAAGCAGCACCAUAUCUAUAUCAGUUGCCUAAUAAAUACAAAAAUAGUUUCCGUGAGCUGUUUGAAAGUGUGGGUGUAAGACAGGCUUUUGCAGUUGAAGAUUUUGCUCUUGUUCUGGAAUUAAUAAAUCAGGAAAGAGGGACCCAACAACUAACAGAAGAAAAUUUUCAGCUGUGCAGGAGAAUAAUCAGUGAAGGAAUAUGGAGCCUCAUUAGAGAGAAGAAGCAGGAAUUUUGUAAGAAAAAAUACGGUGAGAUUUUGUUACCCGAUACUCGUCUUGCACUUCUGCCUGCAAAAUCUUUGUGUUACAAUGACUGUCCAUGGAUUAAAGUUAAAGACACAACUGUUAAGUAUUGUCAUGGUGAUAUUCCGAGGGAAGUUGCAGUAAAGCUUGGAGCAAUACCAAAACGCCAUAAAGCUUUAGAAAGGUAUGCCUCCAAUAUUUGUUUUACUACCCUUGGAACAGAAUUUGGCCAGAAAGAAAAAUUGACAAGUAGAAUUAAAAGCAUUCUUAAUGCUUACCCUUCAGAAAAAGAAAUGCUGAAAGAGCUCCUUCAGAAUGCGGAUGAUGCAAAAGCUACAGAGAUCUGUUUUGUCUUUGAUCCUAGACAACAUCCAGCUGAUAGAAUAUUUGAUGAGAAAUGGGCACCACUUCAAGGACCAGCACUGUGUGUUUACAACAAUCAGCCUUUUACAGAAGAUGAUAUUAGAGGAAUUCAGAACCUUGGAAAAGGUACUAAAGUAGGAAAUCCCUGUAAAACCGGACAAUAUGGUAUAGGUUUCAAUUCUGUUUAUCACAUUACUGACUGCCCUUCUUUCAUAUCUGGCAAUGAUAUACUUUGUAUUUUUGAUCCUCAUGCUAGAUAUGCACCAGGUGCAACAUCAACAAGUCCUGGCCGCAUGUUUAGGGAUUUAGAUGCAGAUUUCAGAACGCAGUUCUCAGAUGUACUGGACCUCUACUUAGGAAAUCACUUUAAACUGGAUAAUUGCACAAUGUUUAGGUUUCCUCUUCGAAAUGGAGAAAUGGCAAAAGUAUCAGAAAUUUCCUCAGUUCCAUGCUCAGAUAGAAUGGUCCAAAAUCUUUUAGAUAAGCUGCGUACGGAUGGAGCGGAACUCUUAAUGUUUUUGAACCACAUGGAAAAAAUUUCUAUUUGUGAGAUAGAAAAAACAACAGGAGCACUGAAUGUGUUGUAUUCUGUACAAGGAAAAAUCACUGAUGGAGACAGAUUAAAACGAAAGCAAUUCCAUGCAUCUGUAAUUGACAGUGUAACUAAAAAAAAACAGCUAAGUGAAAUACCUGUGCAACAGAUAACUUACACGAUGGAUACUGAAGACUCUGAGGGGAAUCUCACAACUUGGUUAAUUUGUAACAGGUCAGGCUUUUCUGCCAUGGAAAAGGUAUCUAAAAGUGUGGUUUCAGCCCACAAGAAUGAGGACAUAACUCUUUUUCCACGUGGUGGGGUAGCAGCUUGCAUUACUCAUAAUUACAAAAAACCCCACAGAGCAUUCUGUUUCUUACCUUUAUCUUUAGAAACUGGGCUACCUUUUCAUGUGAAUGGACACUUUGCUCUGGAUUCUGCAAGAAGAAAUCUGUGGCGUGAUGAUAAUGGAGUUGGAGUAAGAAGUGACUGGAAUAAUAGCCUAAUGACAGCGCUGAUAGCACCAGCCUAUGUUGAAUUGCUGAUUCAGCUGAAGAAACGGUAUUUUCCAGGCACUGAUCCUACAGUGUCAGUACUGCAGAACACAGCAGUUCAUGUUGUGAAAGACACUUUGAAAAAGUUUUUAUCCUUUUUUCCAGUUAAUAGACUUGAUAUUCAGCCGGAUUGGUAUUGUUUAGUGAAAGCAGUUUACAGUUGUAUUUAUGAAGAUUUGAAGCGUCUUUUACCUGUUAUGCGAGCUCCGAAUGUUGAUGGUUCUGAUUUGCAUUCUGCUGUUAUCAUCACAUGGGUUAACAUGUCUACUGUGAACAAAGGCAGGCCGUUCUUUGACAACUUGCUACAAGAUGAAUUGCAACAUCUCAAAAAUACAGAGUACAACAUUACAACUCGGAAGUCUGUGGCUGAAAACGUUUACAGACUCAAACAUUUACUCUUAGAAAUUGGAUUUAAUUUGGUAUACAACUGUGAUGAAACUGCAAAUCUCUAUCAUUGCUUGGUAGAUGCAGAUAUUCCUGUCACCUAUGUGACUCCUGCUGAUGUUCGAUUAUUUUUGACGACGUUUUCUUUUCCAGACUCUAACUGCCACAUUGGAAAGUUACCCUGUCGUCUUCAGCAGACAAAUUUAAAACUCUUCCAUAGUCUCAAACUUCUGGUUGACUAUUGUUUUAAAGAUGCAGAAGAAAAUGAAAUCCAAAUUGAGGGCUUGCCACUCCUUAUUACCCUUGAUAAUGUUCUGCAAAUUUUUGAUUCGAAGCGGCCAAAGUUCUUAACAACAUACCAUGAACUGAUUCCAUCUCGCAAGGAUCUCUUUAUGAACACAUUGUAUUUGAGGUACAACAAUAUUUUACUUAGCAGUGAUGUAGCAAAAGUCUUUGAUAUCACAAGCUUUGCUGAGUUGUUAUCUUCUGUGUUGCCUAGAGAAUAUAAAACUAGAAGUUGUAUGAAAUGGAAAGAAAGCUUUGCAAGUGAAUCUUGGCUUAAAAAUGCCUGGCAUUUUAUUAGUGAGUCUAUAAAUGUUAAGGAAGAACAAGAAGAUACACAAGCAAAAUUUGAUGAUGUUGUUGAAACUUUGAAGGACUGGACGUUGCUUCCAGGUGUAAAGUUUACUGUCUCAGCUAAUCAUCUUGUUGUGCCAGAGUGUGAUGUUUUGCUGCCCCUCAGCAUUAUGCAUAUUGCUGUUUUUCCAAAUGCUCAGAGUGAUAAAGUCUUUCAUGCUUUAAUGAAAACAGGUUGUAUUCAGUUGGCAUUGAACAAAAUUUGCUCCAAAGACAGUGCUUUAGUGCCUUUGUUGUCAGGACGUACAGCAAAUAUAGAUAAUCCUUCAAGCAUUCUGAAAGCCAUACAAUAUAUGGUACAAACAUCAACUUUUAGAACUGAAAAGUUAGCAGAAUGUGACUUUGAGGCUCUCUUAAUGUACUUCAAUUGCAAUUUAUGUCAUUUGACAUCUCAGGAUGACAUUAAAAUUUUAAAGUCUCUUCCAUGUUAUAAAUCCAUUAGUGGCCGAUACAUCAGCAUUUCAAAAUAUGGGACGUGUUAUGUGCUCACGAAAAGCAUCCCAUCAGUAGAAGUGGAUAGAUGGACACAGUCAACUUCAUCAGCUUUUCUUGAAGAGAAAAUUCAUUUGAAAGACUUGUAUACUGUGCUUGGCUGUGUCUCCGUGGAUGAUCUUGAAGUGUACUUGAAACAUCUUCUUCCAAAAAUUGAAAGUUUGUCUUAUGAUGCAAAGUUGGAACACUUGAUCUACUUAAAGAACAGGCUAACUAGCAUUGAAGAAACUUCAGAAAUGAAAGAACAGUUGUUUGAAAAGCUUGAAAACAUAUUGAUCAUUCAUGAUGCAAGCAAUAGAUUAAAACCUGCAAAAUAUUUUUAUGACAGGACUGUAAAAGUCUUUGAAGUUAUGCUUCCUGAAAAAUUAUUUAUACCUCAAGAUUUUUUUAAGAAACUAGAACAACUUACAAAACCGAAAAGUCAAGCUGCAUUCCUUCCAUCAUGGAUAACUUUUCUACGACAUAUUGGGCUAAAAUUCAUUAUUUCACAGCAACAGUUAUUACAAUUUGCUAAGGAGAUCAGCAUGCGAGCUAAUACAGAAAACUGGUCUAAAGAAACACUGCAGAAUACUGUUGAUGUCCUCCUUCAUCACAUAUUUCAGGAAAGAACUGAUCUUUUGUCAGGAAACUUUCUGAAAGAAUUGUCAUUAAUUCCUUUUCUGUGCCCUGAACGAGCACCAGCAGAAUUUGUUAGAUUUCAUCCUCAGUAUCAAGAAGUUAAUGGGACGCUCCCUCUUAUACGAUUCAACGGGGCACAAGUGAAUCCUAAAUUCAAACAGACUGAUGUGUUACAGUUGCUGUGGACCUCAUGUCCCAUUCUUCCAGAGAAAGCAACGCCUUUAAGUAUCAAAGAGCAAGAAGGAAGUACUCUUGGUGCACAAGAACAACUUGAGCAAGUUUUAACUAUGCUGAAUGUUAAUUUAGACCCUCCCCUGGACAAGGUUAUCAAUAACUGCAGGAAUAUAUGCAAUAUAACAACUGUGGAUGAAGAAAUGGUGAAAACUAGGGCCAGGGUCCUGAGAAGCAUUUAUGAAUUUCUUAGUACAGAGAAAAGGGAAUUCCGCUUUCAGCUUCGAGGUGUUUCUUUUGUAAUGGUGGAAGAAGGUUGGAAGCUCCUGAAGCCUGAAGAGGUGGUAAUAAACCUUGAGUACGAAUCUGAUUUUAAACCUUAUCUUUACAAACUUCCUUUAGAACUUGGUACUUUCCAUCAGUUAUUUAAACAUUUGGGUACUGAAGAUAUUAUUUCAACAAAACAGUAUGUUGAAGUUCUAGGUCGCAUAUUCAAGAACUCUGAAGGAAAGCAAUUGGAUCCUAAUGAAAUGCGCACAGUUAAAAGAGUAGUUUCUGGCCUGUUCAAAAGUCUUCAGAAUGAUUCUGUCAAGGUUAGAAAUGACCUUGAGAAUAUGAGGGAUUUUGCCCUUUAUCUUCCCAGUCAAGAUGGUAGGUUAGUAAAGUCAAGUAUCUUAGUUUUUGAUGAUGCACCCCACUACAAAAGUAGAAUCCAGGGUAACAUUGGUGUACAAAUGCUUGUUGAUCUUAGCCAGUGCUAUUUAGGCAAAGACCAUGGUUUUCACACUAAACUGAUAAUGUUAUUCCCUCAGAAACUGAGGCCUCGCUUGCUUAGCAGUAUUCUUGAAGAACAGUUGGAUGAAGAGUCUCCCAAAAUUUGUCAAUUUGGAGCAUUAUGUUCUUUGCAGGGAAGAUUGCAAUUACUGUUAUCUUCAGAACAGUUCAUCACAGGACUCAUUAGGAUUAUGAAGCAUGAAAAUGACAAUGCGUUUUUAGCUAAUGAAGAAAAAGCAAUAAGACUUUGCAAAGCUUUGCGAGAAGGUUUGAAAGUUUCCUGUUUUGAGAAGUUGCAAACAACAUUAAGAGUUAAAGGCUUUGCUCCUAUUCCCCACAGUAAAAGUGAAACGUUUGCUUUCCUAAAGAGAUACGGAAAUGCAGUAAUACUGCUUUAUAUACAGCAUUCGGACAGCAAAGACAUAAAUUUCUUGCUAGCGUUAGCAAUGACCUUAAAAUCUGCAACUGACAACCUGAUUUCUGAUACCUCAUAUUUAAUUGCCAUGCUGGGUUGCAAUGACAUUUACCGGAUCAGUGAGAAGCUUGACAGUCUAGGGGUGAAGUAUGACUCUUCUGAACCAUCAAAACUUGAACUACCAACACCUGGCACUCCUAUACCAGCUGAAAUUCACUAUACACUUCUUAUGGAUCCAAUGAAUGUUUUUUAUCCUGGUGAAUAUGUUGGUUACCUUGUUGAUGCUGAAGGUGGUGAUAUAUAUGGAUCAUAUCAACCGACUUACACAUAUGCAAUCAUUGUACAAGAAGUAGAACGAGAAGAUGAUGAAAGUCACAGUUUUCUAGGGAAGAUUUACCAGAUUGAUAUUGGAUAUAGUGAGUAUAAAAUAGUAAGCUCUCUUGACUUGUACAAAUUUUCAAGGCCUGAGGAAAGUUCUCAAAGCAGGGAUAGCACUCCUUCUACCCCAACUAGUCCUACAGAAUUUCCAGCGCAUGGACUGAGAACAAUUCCACCUCUCUUCAGUGGUAGAGAUGGCCACAAAACAACGUCCUCAAAACAUCACUCUCCAAAGAAGAUAAAGCCAAACUCCUUGCCAGAAAUACUAAGAGAAGUGACAUCUGUGAUUGAACAGGCUUGGAAGCUUCCAGAAUCUGAAAGAAAAAAGAUUAUUAGAAGGCUGUAUCUUAAAUGGCAUCCAGAUAAAAAUGCAGAUAAUCUUGAUAUAGCUAAUGAAGUUUUCAAACAUUUACAGAAUGAGAUUAACCGGAUGGAAAAACAGGCUUUUAUGGAUCAAAACACGGACAGAGCCUCAAGAAGAACAUUUUCAUCCUCAGCUUCUCGAUUUCAGUCAGAUAAAUUUUCAUUUCAAAGAUUUUAUACUUCAUGGAAUCAAGAAGCAACAAGCCACAAAUCUGAAAGGCAACAGCAUAAAGAGAAAUGUCCAUCUUCCACAGGGCCAUCUUUCUCGCAACGCUUUUUUGUCCCACCUACGUUCAGGUCCGUUGGCAAUCCUGUAGAGGCACGCAGAUGGCUUAGGCAGGCCCGAGCUAACUUUUCAGCUGCAAGAAACGAUCUCCAUAAAAAUGCCAAUGAAUGGGUAUGCUUUAAAUGCUACCUUUCUACUAAACUAGCCUUGAUUGCAGCUGACUAUGCUGUGAAGGGAAAAUCAGACAAAGAUGUAAAACCAGCAGCCCUUGCACAAAAGAUAGAAGAAUAUAGUCAACAACUUGAAGGGCUUACAAAUGAUGUUCAGACAUUGGAAGCUUAUGGAGUAGAUAGCUUAAGAACUAGGUAUCCUGACUUACUUCCUUUUCCACAGAUCCCAAAUGAUAGGUUUACUUCAGAAGUUGCUAUGAGAGUGAUGGAGUGUACUGCUUGUAUCAUAAUAAAGCUUGAAAACUUUAUACAACAAAAAGUGUAAGAGGGUUGAAGAUGUUAGAGAACUGUAUUGUCAAGAGCUUAGGUAUUUCAUGUGAUGAGACACAAAUGUGAUUGUGCAGAUUACUGAACAUCCAAGCGGUUAUACAUUGCAAAGAAGUUUAGAAGUAUAAUGCGCACAGGUGGAUGGUACUGAAGUGCUUAGAAUUGGAAUUUAUUUAAAUGGAAUUUAUUUUUAACUGAGCCUGCUGUAUAAGCAAACUGUAAAACAUGAAUAUUUUUAAAAAUUUCCAAGGAAACUGAGCUGCAAAAAUUAGCUGUAUGUAUAAUAUCGUGAUUAAUUGGCAUAUUAUUGAUCUGCACUUUAUAUAACCAAAGCUUAGCUUUCUGUUAGAUGAAGCCUGUAAAUAUAACUCCUCAUUAGAUUUUAUUUCAUUUAAUAUUAUGUUUCCAAAUAGAUAAUGCCAUUUUUCAAUGUACUAAUCUUAAGACUGGACAUACUAUGAAGUAGGAGCUGGGACGGAAAAUAAAAUAACAUUGGAGAUACAGCUCCAAACCAUUUGUUUUCUUUUGUGUUCUGUGGACAUUCAUGUCAAUUAUAGUAAUAUUAUUAUCAGCUGGAUCUGAUUAUAAAUUUGCUGCAGUCUCUCCUUGUGAACAUUUAAAGGAUUGUUUAGUACCUGUGAAUUGGUACAGUAUUUUAAUCCUGAAAAAUGAUACUUGAUUUAACAUGCAACUUCAUGUCAUGCAUUGAUUGCAUUUACUUUAUUGUAAAAUAAUUAUUUAAUUUACUUUUUUUUUUUUCUAGAGCCUGUCUUCUUUUGUUUAAUGAACAAAUGCAUGUGGAUGAUACAAUAUUGUUGACCAUUAUUAUUCAAUGUAUUAUGAUUUUUUUUGAAAACCACACACCAAAACCCAAUUUUCAGAUGUCUAAGUGCUUGAGUUUUUUUUUUUUUAUGUGUGCCUGUGUGCAUGUACAUAUAUACAUAUAUUUUUCCACAAACAAACAUUGGUAGUAGUACAAUUCAGUAACACAUUUCUGGUGUACAGUGAGUGCUGUUUUUUGUUGUUUGUUUUGUUACAUAUGUAAAGGUGCUGCAAUGUAAUGCUUUUCUUUUGUUGCUCACUACAGCCCUGCAGAAGUCUGUUUUUUAGUUCACGCUCUUUCUUUCAUAGUUCGUAAUACUUCUGGUAAUGUCAUGCAAUAUGUUCAACAUCAACCAUUUGUAGAAAAAUAAAAUAAAAUGAAGGAUAAUGCUAAACAGAAGGCUUCUUCUUUACUGGAUCAGCCACAAUUAACAUGUUAAUCACUUUCCAGUGACAUGCUGCUAUGAUUGUUUACUCAACAGCACAGCAAAACUGUAAUUUAACUUACAGAAUGCAAAGGAAAAUAAACAACAGUGACCUUGCAGGGCUGAUACAGCUGUUAGAAGUGUUAAAAUCCAAAAUAAAAAUCAUGACAAAAGCUUCUUCAGUUUUGUGCAGUCUGUAAAGGGCUUGUUCUCUGAAAAUAUUCUGGAAAAUCUUGCAAAUAAUUAACAGUAGUGGGAAGAAAUUUGAUGUUUGGAAAGUGAUACUCUUUCUGGUUGUGAAGCCCUGUUAUUAUUUCUGCUAUUAAAUAUUAAGUGCCAUAAUUUUAAUAAAAAUGCAAACAUACUUCAGUCUGAUGUGUCUUGGUUUUAUAAAGUAGACUAAAUUUACUUAUUAUUUCAAGCUUUCUAUUAUAUAAUAUGCAAUCUUUUCAAUUCUAAACAAUUGUACAGAUACUAAUAUUAAAAAGGAAAAAUGCAUUUUUUCUCGCAACGACAAAUGUUUGUGAUUUUCUCAAGAAAUUGUACAUUUUGUUGAUUUUUUUCAAUAAAUAGCAUGUAAGUAAACACAAAACCUCUCGUAUGCCAUGAAAUAAAUUGGUUAAUUCC